UCGUUGUAGAGAUAUGAAUUUGUUUUGACUCAUUUAAAAUUUUACUUUUUAGUAUACAACGAUACGAUUUUUUUAAGUAUAAGUGAUGUUAAAGACCAACUAGGCUUAAAUAUUCAUUUUGUUAAGAAAUUAGUGAACACAGUGAACCAAUAGCACGCAUAAUAUUUUUGUUAUUCUCUAUAUCAAUAAGUUUAAUUUUUCUUAUUUUUUAUACAAAAUAAAAAUUUAUAUAAAAUGGGUGAUAAGGAUGAUUAUUUGACUGCGUAUCGAGUUUUUUUUGAAAAAUUCGCUGCUACCGUAGAUCCUAAGGACCAAUUACCUGUUAAUAUUGCUGGGUACACAAUUACACAGUCAGAGUUGCCGGGAGAAGUUUUAUACUGGACUGCCGAAUACUUGUCGGAAAUAAAUUGCCCUCCCACAUUGAUGACGACGCUCCGGAGGAUAGUAUUGGACGAGGUGUUAAUAGCGGCGAAGAAAAAUCCAGAUGAAUACGGUUAUGACGCAGACAAGUGCGAAUACGAAGCCCUGCGCCUGAUGCAGGCCGUUACGUCCAAGGUCAACGAUGUCUGUCUGAGGUAUUUGGACAACUCCAGGUUGGAUACGUUACCGCCACCUCCUCCGCUGUCACAGCGCGGUCACCGCAGCGCCUCAUCAGCUGUCAAGAACUUGAGGAGAGUCAUGGAAGAUAGGCACGUUGAGAUCAGCAACCUGGAGGCCUUGUUCGGAAUAGAGACCACAGAGCCGACUGGUUUCUACGCGGUGUACGACGGCCACGCGGGUUCCGCCGCGGCCACGUACUGCGCCGCACACCUUCACCAGUACCUGGUGGAGAGCCCGUACUUCAGGAGGGAUCUACAGAAAGCAUUAUACGACGCCUUCGUCAGAACCGACGCUGAGUUUGUGAGGAAAAGCCAUCAAAAGCGUGCGGCCGGCGGCAGUACGGCGGUGGUGGUGUGCGUGCGCGGCGGCCGGCUGGCGGCUGCCUGGGCGGGGGACUCGCUGGCGCUGCUCGUCAAGAGGAUGGGACUCAUGCAGCUCGUCAACCCUCACAAGCCGGACAGACCUGAUGAAAGGGUGCGGAUCCAGUCGUCUGGUGGUGUUGUGAUGCACAUGGGCACUUGGAGGGUCAACGGACAGCUCGCUGUCUCCAGGGCUAUAGGCAACGCUCAAUACAAGCCGUAUGUGACGGCGCAGCCUGAGAUCGUGGUGGUGGAGUUAGAUGGUGACGAGGACUUCGUGGUUGUGGCCUGUGAUGGUUUGUGGGAUGUUGUGAGCGAAGAUGCCGUGGCCAUCUCCGUUUACGACCAACUCAUGAGGAACCCUGAUGACGUGAAGGCGGUGACGAACACGCUAGUGAGACAGGCCAAGGAGCAUAAAUCCCAAGACAAUAUCACAGUGAUCGUGGUGUUCCUGAAGGACCCGCGUGACAUUGCCGCCGACUGCCCGCCCAUGGACCUUGGGCUGGAGAACGCGGUGGUAAAUCCACCACCGUUUGUCGUGGAGAAUGAGGCUUGUAAGGUUUUAGAGGGUGGUGGUUGUAUACCAGACAACGGGGUCUCGGACAGUGACAGCGACGACCUCGGCCCGGAGACGGCCGUGGAUCAGGACCUGGAUAUGGACGAGAACCAGGAGCAAGCUCCGCCCGCAGAAACACGUCACCCGGUGGAUUCGAGCCACGUUGAUGGCAACUUGGUGGAUAAUGUAGCUGAGAGUGGCGAGGAGUCCGAAGACGAGUGGAAUUACUAUAAAGGAGAAGGUGAACACGAACGUGAACAAAUCACCAGCGAAGAGGACCGAGAAAUACCUCGUUCAGAAACACCUUGUCAGGAUAAUUCUACGUGGGAGAGCAGUUCAGCAGACAUGAACAGUUCUCCUCUGAACCCUGACGCGCCAGUGUUCGUCCCCGGCGGUGUGGCCGGAUCGGAUGUUCUGCUGGCAGAGUCACCUCGCAAACCUCUACCCAUAGAUGAUAUAGAACUGGUUGACGAACAACAGUUUCAGACAGAAGCUGUUAUCAGACCGGCUGAACUACAAGACUGUGAGCUUAAUGGACAUCAUAAUAUUUCUAUGGAGGGUGUUAUAGAACAUGCAAACGGCGACAAAAAUGAAAUGGAUAGCAUGGGUUUUGGCUUUAAUGUGGGGAUAGAUCAGAAGCAAAAUGAUACAAGUUUCACCCAAGAGUUUGAGAGGAUACAGAAGGAUACUACGGAUUUCUGCAAUAUCCAGGUAUUCCAAGCCCACACGGAAUCAAAUCCAUUUAGUGACCAUGGAGAUGAUGAACUGUUUGAAAGACUGAAGAAUAAAGAAAGGGAUCCAAUGAGCAUGAGCUUCUAUCAGGAGAAAGAUGAUGACACCUGUGAAAGAUUCGGGAAAAUUGAAUCUAAUGUGGAUCUGAAUGCUGUCCAGCCUCUCCCUGAAAGUGACGAGGAAGAUAUUCAGCAAAAUGGAAUAUGCCUUGUUAAAAAUGAGAAAGACAAAGAAAAUUUGUGCCCUGACGAAAAAUCUGAUCUGUUUAGUCUUAAUGAAAAUUUGGAUGAACCAAAUAACGAUAUUUUAAGAUUUGAUGACAGAUCAGACAUUGUAGCGAAUAAUGUUCAAAAUUUAGGUAAUUUUGUUGAUUUUACUAUCAAUAAUACCAAUAAUAUGCAAGGUUACAACACAGAAUAUGACUGCAUUAAUCAACAAGAAACAGUUGCUCAAACAGACACGCCAGAAUCUCAUAAACUUCUCUUUGAGCAAAUUCCCGAGAUACCAGAUGGUAAAAGUUCAGAACUAGGUUUCAAUAACGAAGAUCUGUUAGAUCCUUCUGAAAGUGAAAGUAACAUAAGAGCAAUUACACCACAAGAAGAAGACGAGUCCCAGGACGUAGAGCUGGAUCUUAAACUAGACGAAAAUAACACGGGUCAAGAGAAGGAUUGUUCAGCUGAAAUUCCAGAAAUAAAACUGGAAUCAGGUGAUAACUUUGAAGUGGUGGAUGAUUUGAAAUCACAGUCUCUACACGCGUCGCCUUCUCCUGUGCCUAGUGAAUCGCCUUUGCCUAAUGAAUCGAGUACAUUCCAAGCAGAGUUCUCAUCACACCAAGAAACAUCAAUACCCCAAGAGCUAUCGUCACCACGACAAUCCCCGAUGCCGCAAGAGCGCUCUCUGUUUGGAGAAUCUCCUUUGCCGCAAUCAUCUCCGAUUCCGCAGGAGACUUCUUUGUUUGGAGAAUCUCCUUUGCCACAAAAAUCUCCGAUUCCGCAAGAGUCUUCUCUGUUACGAGAGUCUCCUUUGCCACGGGAGUCGCCUUUGCCACGAGAGUCUUCUGUUCCCAGCGAGUCACCUGUAAUGCAAGAAUCCCUCUUGCAGCGACAGUCUCCAAUGCCUUGCGAGUCUCCUGUACAACAAGAAUCUUUGCCUCGUGAAUCUCCACUAAUUGCAGAACCUUCGCCGAUUUGUUCCCCAUUGCCUCAAGACAUUUUACAGCGCGAAUCUCCUGCGCCACGAGAAUCUGUGCUGUGUGACUCCCCAGUGCCGCAAGAAACUCAACAGCGUGAGUCUCCUAUGCCGCAGGAAUCUUCACUGCCAGCUUCCCCAUUACCGACGGAAAAAUUACCGCUCGAUUCCCCAGUGCUUCAAGAAUCUCUACUAAACGAGUCACCUGUGCCACAGGAAUCUUCACUGCCAGUUUCCCCAUUACCGACAGAAAAAUUACCGCUCGAUUCCUCAGUGCUACAAGAAUCUCUACUAAACGAGUCACCCGUGCCACAAGAACCGUUACCGCAAGAGUCUAUAUCACCAGAAGGUUCUUUACAGCGCCAAUCUCCUCUUCCGCAAGAGUCCUUACUGUGAGUCCCAAUACAACAAGAAUCGACAUUGAAGUGUGAACCACCACUAUCAACUGAAAUUCUUGUACCAACAGAUGUCAAACCAGUAACAUCGCCGUUGCCUAUAGAAUCUAAUGAACCUUCCGAAGAAAUGGAAACUCCUAUAACGUCCUUGAAAGAAAAAGAAAACCUAGUACCAGUGGAGUCUCCCGAACCAGCAAAGUCGCCGAUGCCUACGCAAUCCCCUGUCGAAGCGCUAUCACCAGUUCCACAGGAUGAAAGACAACCUGAACCUGCAGAGAUUCCAUUACCAAGAGAAUCUCCUUUGCUGUCUGAGUCUCCAGUUCCGGAGGAGCCCAUUAAAGAUUCGUUAUUUAGUGUAGAUACACAAAACGCUACAUCUGAGAAGAUUACUGACAUCCAAGAGAACCCCGAAAUGGUUGAAGUAAAGGAAGAAUUAGCCAUUGAUAACGUUACAGAAAAUAUUUCACCUAUCCCAGACGAAAAGGAAGAAUUGGACAAACAAGAUGACAUAUUAAGUAAAUCACCUCAACCUGAACAAAAAGUAGAAGAAUCCAUUCUCUCUUCCUUCGAAUGUAAAGAAACACAUAAAGAAGAACAAGAAGCGGUUCUCUCACCUGAACCAGUGUCUGAUGUACAUGACAACGAUGCUUUGAAGGCAGAGGAACCGGCGCUCUGUGACCAAGAAAACGUACAGAGUGAAUUAACUCUCGAAGCUUCCAGCUUUUCUCAAAACGAGUCCAUUGUACCUUCUCAAACUGUGGAAUCAAUAGAAGAAAAAUCGGUGACCUCUCCGGUCCCAGCUGUCGAAGUGCCCGUGCCUGAAACAGACUACUCUAGACUUACGCCCGAAGUGGCGCAGGAAGCAUUCGAUCUUGAACCGAGUGAGCAUGCGCCGGUACAGCUUCCCAUAACCGAAACGAGUGCGCCCGCCCCCGACCUGCUACCGGACGAGCGACCACGAGCUGAACUCGUCACGGAUAUCGAUAUCGGCAUACCGGAGUCCCACGCGCAGGAGAUAUGUGUGCCCGUGACCAACGAGAUCCAGGCCGAGGAGGCGAUCCGGCCCGCCACCACGCCGCCACCGACGCCAGCCGUCGAACCUCCCCAGGCGGAGCUCGGAGAUGCUCCCAUCGCUGCAGCAACGGCGGCCGUCGCAGCCGCUACCGCCGCCGCCGCCGUCGCUGCAACCAAGACCUCGCCGACUAAAAAAUCACCCACGACUCCUACACCGAAGACCGAUUCGCGCACUCCCAAGACCGCUUCCAAAACAACGGCCGCUCGAACCUCCGUCUCUGCGACUAAGAAGCUCGCCCCGACUCCGUCUACGACGACACCCCGUUCCCCUGCUCCACGUACUUCCGUCGCCGCCGCCAAGGCGUCUCCCGCCCCACGAGCUUCUCCCCGGCCAGCAUCCGCAUCCAAACCCUCACCGAAGCCAGCAGCACCGCCAGCCGCCCGACCCGCCGCGUCCUCGGCUGCCCGUACCGCCGCCCCCGCUCCAUCCAAGACGGCCGCCCCGGUUCGUGCGGCUGUCCCUCCACGCCCCGCCGCCAAGGCACCUGCUACAAAACCCGCAGCUCCCAAGCCCGCACCUCCGAAACCCGCCGCCGCCGCGAAAACGCUCGCCCCUCGUCCGGCGUCGACGACUGCACCCGCAGCCAAACCGAAAGAAACAAAACCUAAAGUUCCGGCCGCGAAGCCAUUGACGAAUGGAGACGUGAAGCCCGCUGCCCGCGCGACUACAGCCCGGCCCGCAGCGGCGCCGGCGGCCCGUCCGGCCGCUGCUGCACGCCCCGCGCCCCGCCCCGCCCCUCGCCCCGCAGCGCCUGCGCCGACCGCCGCCGCUCUUCCGAAGUCGGCAGCGCCCAAGCCGGCGGCCCGCGCUCCCCUGGACAAGCAGAGUAAGGAUCUCGCCAAUAAACGUAUAACUGCUAAAGCGGCCCCGCCGAGGACUGCCACCGCUAAGGCUCCUAGUGGUGUGAAGAGCGUUCCCCGAGCCGUCAAGAAGUCCGUGGACAACAAGAAGGCUUCCCCCGAGCCGCCCGUGAACGGCGUGUCCCUGAAGGCGCCCCCCAGCCCGCCGCCGGCCGACACGCAGCUGCCCGACGUCAUCGCGUAGACGCUCACCGAUUCCUAUUAUUUUCCGCUUGAAUUUUGUGAUUUUCUAUAAGUGUAUGAUAGUUUUAACGACGCCUAGGUGCGGGAGACAUCUCCCAAUGUUUUUUUAUAUUAUAGAGUCGCUUUUAUAGAUGCGCGAGUCGCGGCGGCGCGCGGCGCGUUCGCUAUUAUGAGUCUGUUUAGAAUUUUUUAUAUUACCGACGAAUGAUCGAUUUUAAAUCCGGCUUUUAAUUUAUUUUCUUUGUAUAACCGUAUUAUUUAAAUAAAAUUGUGAAGAAGGACUGAGACAUCGUUUUAUUUAUAGUUUUAUUGGAAUUAUGAUUUAUGCGUAUUAUAGGAAUACAAAAAAGUAAAAAAUUACUUAAUUAUUAUAACAUUUACUUAAUGUCAAUGUAUACUUAAAUAUCAUGGUGUUACAAAGAAAUAAUGAAAUAUAGCAUUAUAUUCAAAUAAAUGGUUAUAUCACCGUC